AUUCGUCUUUACUCAUUCUAAACUUGCACUCUCAUAUCAAGAACAAACCAUCCAAAAAAAAUGAAGUGUCUAAACUCUUAUUUUACCUUUGCUACAGCCAUUGCUCUUUUAUUUUCCUUUCAUCUUUCUUCAGCCGAUUCUUAUGAAGACUUUGUUGAAUGUCUUUACAAUUAUCCCCAUAUCACCAACUCAAUUGCCAAUGCUGUUUACACGCGGACCAACUCUUCAUACUCCUCUGUCUUAGAUGUUUCCAUUCAAAAUCGCAGGUUCUUAAACAUAACCUCUAAACCCAAAGUCAUUGUCACACCACUUGACGUUUCCCACAUUCAAGCCACCAUAAUCUGUGCCCAACGCCAUGGCCUGCAGAUUCGAACACGAAGCGGAGGCCAUGAUUACGAGGGUCUCUCCUACAUUGCUGGGGUUCCCUUUGUUAUCCUUGACCUCAUAAACCUUCGAGGAAUCGAAGUUGACGUAGAAAACAGCACUGCAUGGGUUGAAGCUGGGGCGACCAUAGGUGAACUUUACUACCGGAUUAGCCAGAAAAGUAAAACACUUGGGUUCCCAGCAGGUGAAUGCCCCCCUGUGGGCGUUGGUGGCCACUUUAGCGGUGGUGGCUAUGGAUACAUGAUGCGUAAGUACGGUCUUGCUGCUGAUCAUGUAAUUGAUGCUAAGAUUGUUGACGUCAAUGGUAAUCUCCUUGAUAAAGAAACAAUGGGCGAGGAUCUAUUUUGGGCCAUUAGAGGUGGUGGUGGAGCAAGCUUUGGCGUCAUCGUGGCUUGGAAGAUAAAAGUAGUUCCAGUUCCAUCAACUGUCACAGUAUUCCAAGUUGCAAGGACGUUGGAAGAAAAUGCAACGGAGAUUAUUCAUAAGUGGCAGCGUGUGGCAAACAAAUUUAACGAGAGCAUAACCAUGAAGGCCAACAUGGUAAGGGUAAAUUCAAGUAAAAGUGGGAAUCCAACAGUAGAAGCGCAGUUUAUAUCCUUGUAUCUUGGACGUGUUGAUGAGCUGAUUCCGAUGAUGCAAAAGAGCUUCCCGGAGUUGGGUUUGGUGAGAGAAGAGUGCACUGAGAUGAGUUGGAUAGAAUCGAUUCUGUGGAAGGCUGGAUUCGCAGACGGUGAACCCACCGAUGUUUUGCUGAACAGAACUCAAUUAAUCGGUUUGUUGUUUUUCAAAGCAAAAUCUGAUUAUGUGAGAGAUCCUAUUCCAGAUGAUGGGUUAGAAGGGUUAUGGCCUUUCUUUUAUGAAGAUGAGGCUAAAUAUGCUUACAUUCAAUUCACUCCCUAUGGAGGAAGGAUGGAUGAGAUUUCAGAAUCCGAGACUCCAUUCGCACACAGAUCGGGCUACAUAUUCCACAUUCAAUACGGUGUGUAUUGGGAAGAAAAAGGGGAUGAGGCAGCUCAAAGGUACAUGAAUUGGAUUAGAAGAGUGUAUAAAUAUAUGAAACCUUAUGUUUCAGAGUCUCCAAGAGCUGCAUAUAUGAAUUAUAGAGACCUUGACAUCGGAGUUAAUAACAAUGGUUACACAAGCUUCAGCCAAGCCAGCAUUUGGGGCUUUAAGUAUUUUGGUAAUAACUUUAACAGAUUGGCACGCGUGAAGACAAGGGUUGACCCUCGAAACUUCUUCAGAAACGAACAAAGCAUUCCUCCUCUUAUCUCCAACGGCGGCGCAAAUAGACCUUCUUGGGUGCACCGCAUGCCAUUAUAAACUGAGCUACUUUGUUAUUUUACUUUUAUGUUUUGGAUAAUCUUGUUAAUAGUGCAUGUUACGUACUUAAUAGUGUUCCUUAAGUCUAUUUUUAAGAAAACUCCGUAUGAACUAUUCAGGAUAUCUUAAGAGUUUUCAUAUGUAAGUGUUUUU